UGGAACACGCAUCACUGACGGAGAAAGGCGAGUUGACAGGCGAAGGUCCUCCCCAUGGCAUGUGAUGCGGCGUGCGGCCCCGGCCGAGCGAGCUCGUCUGUUAUGGCUCCUCCUUUACCAGCGGAACGUGAGCGAGGCGCAGGGCACGACCACAGGCAAAGCCGUCGUCUUCUCUCCAGUCCGCGGGGCAACGGCGGGGCGGACUGCGACAUGCCGAGGAGGACGAACGCCGACUAGAUAAAUAAUGCGCCCAGCGUCGCCUUCUGCCGCCGCGAAGAGUUGAGAGUUUGUGCUCGAUUAACAAACCCCCCAAAUGAACUCCGUCAGGGCGAGCAGCAGGAGACCCAGGCGAGUGUCGAGGCCGCGCCCGGUACAGCCGGAGAGGAACAACCAGGAAAGAGAUGAGGACGUUCCCGCAGAUAUGGUCGCAGAAGAAUCCGGUCCAGGAGCUCAGAAUAGUCCAUACCAACUUAGAAAAAAGUCUCUAUUACCCAAGAGAACAGUGUGUCCCACAAAAGCAAACAUGGAGGGUGCGUCCACUUCAGCCACAGACAACUUUGGGCAUCGGGCUAAACGUCCAAGAGUUUCAGGAAAGUGUCAAGAUUUGCCAGCUGCUCCGUUAGAGCAGUAUCUCCAGGAGAAGCUUCCGGAUGAGGUGGUGCUGAAGAUCUUCUCUUACCUGUUGGAGCAGGACCUGUGCCGUGCAGCAUGCGUGUGCAAGCGCUUCAGUGAACUGGCAAAUGACCCCAUCCUCUGGAAGAGGUUAUACAUGGAGGUUUUUGAGUAUACCCGACCCAUGAUGCACCCUGAGGCAGGGAAGUUCUACCAGAUCAACCCAGAGGAGUACGAACAGCCAAACCCGUGGAAGGAAAGCUUUCAGCAACUGUAUAAAGGGGCACAUGUGAAGCCUGGGUUUGCUGAACACUUCUACAGUAAUCCUGCCAGAUACAAGGGAAGGGAAAACAUGUUUUACUAUGACACUAUUGAGGAUGCCCUUGGAGGAGUUCAGGAGGCCCACUUUGAUGGCCUGAUAUUCGUCCACUCCGGCAUUUACACCGAUGAGUGGAUCUAUAUCGAGUCACCUAUUACAAUGAUUGGAGCUGCUCCUGGAAAAGUGGCUGACAAAGUGGUCAUUGAAAAUACCCGAGAUUCCACAUUUGUAUUUAUGGAGGGCUCGGAGGACGCUUACGUUGGAUACAUGACCAUAAGGUUCAACCCUGAUGACAAAUCUGCCCAGCAUCACAAUGCACAUCACUGCUUGGAAAUUACAGUCAACUGCAGCCCCGUCAUUGACCAUUGCAUCAUACGCAGCACUUGCACAGUCGGGUCAGCUGUCUGUGUGAGUGGCCAGGGUGCUUGUCCCACAAUCAAGCAUUGCAACAUCAGUGACUGCGAAAAUGUGGGCCUUUACAUCACAGACCACGCACAGGGAAUAUACGAAGACAACGAGAUCUCAAACAAUGCACUGGCCGGGAUCUGGGUGAAAAAUCAUGGCAACCCUAUCAUCAGACGAAAUCACAUCCACCAUGGCAGAGAUGUCGGGGUUUUCACAUUUGACCAUGGCAUGGGUUACUUUGAAAGCUGCAUCAUCCAUAGGAAUCGUAUUGCUGGCUUUGAAGUGAAGGCAUAUGCCAACCCUACAGUAGUUCGAUGUGAGAUCCACCACGGCCAGACGGGGGGCAUCUAUGUGCACGAAAAGGGCCGAGGCCAGUUCAUUGAAAACAAGAUCUAUGCAAACAACUUUGCUGGGGUGUGGAUCACCUCUAACAGUGAUCCCACGAUAAGGGGCAACGCAAUUUUUAAUGGUAACCAAGGUGGAGUUUACAUUUUCGGGGAUGGCCGAGGCCUCAUCGAAGGGAAUGACAUCUACGGCAAUGCUUUGGCAGGGAUCCAGAUCCGGACAAACAGCUGCCCCAUAGUCAGGCACAACAAGAUCCACGAUGGCCAGCACGGUGGCAUAUAUGUGCAUGAAAAGGGACAAGGUGUGAUCGAGGAGAAUGAGGUGUACAGCAACACGCUGGCUGGAGUGUGGGUGACGACGGGCAGCACGCCAGUAUUGAGGAAGAACAGGAUACACAGUGGAAAGCAGGUCGGGGUCUACUUUUAUGAUAACGGCCACGGCGUGCUGGAAGACAAUGACAUCUACAAUCACAUGUACUCUGGAGUUCAGAUUAGAACUGGCAGCAAUCCCAAAAUCAGACGUAACAAGAUCUGGGGAGGUCAGAAUGGCGGCAUAUUGGUAUACAACUCAGGCUUGGGCUUCAUUGAGGACAAUGAGAUCUUUGACAAUGCCAUGGCUGGUGUGUGGAUCAAAACAGACAGCAAUCCCACACUGCGAAGGAACAAAAUACAUGAUGGGAGAGACGGUGGCAUCUGUAUAUUCAAUGGAGGGAGAGGCUUGCUAGAGGAAAAUGACAUCUUCAGAAAUGCCCAGGCAGGAGUCCUCAUUAGUACCAACAGCCAUCCCAUACUGCGUAAAAACAGAAUAUUUGACGGCUUCGCUGCAGGCAUCGAGAUUACAAAUCAUGCCACGGCGACGUUGGAGGGAAAUCAGAUUUUCAACAACCGCUUUGGGGGGCUGUUUCUGGCAUCAGGUGUCAAUGUUACAAUGAAAGAUAACAAAAUAAUGAAUAAUCAAGAUGCCAUUGAAAAGGCUGUGAGUAGAGGCCAGUGCCUGUACAAGAUAUCAAGUUACACUAGCUACCCAAUGCACGAUUUUUACAGGUGUCACACCUGCAACACAACAGACCGCAACGCCAUCUGCGUGAACUGCAUCAAGAAGUGCCACCAAGGACACGACGUGGAGUUCAUCAGACACGAUAGAUUUUUCUGUGACUGUGGUGCUGGGACGCUGUCGAACCCGUGCACAUUAGCCGGAGAACCGACUCACGACACGGACACAUUGUAUGACUCGGCUCCUCCUAUAGAGUCCAACACAUUGCAACACAACUGAACCUGAGCCCCAGCGUCCCUCGGGCUUCACGGGGGGUGGACAGUUUUAAUAAAAGUCUGGCAUUGGAUGAAGAAAUUCAAAAUUUACAUCCCGGAUUCACUUUGACUGAAAAAAAACAAACGCACACCACACAUUUUCAUAUAUAUAUGUAUAUAUAUAUAUAUAUGUGAAUGAGAUGGAGGUGAAUAUGCUGAAAGGAGACAUUUAAAAAAUCAUUUACAGCUGCAUCGGUUAUCCUUUUCCUGCAACUGAUCAAGUGAUUGACAAAGAUGACGACUCCUCAGUGGGACAGAGCAGAAAAUAGUUGACUCAGGGUUCGGGGGCAUGUUGGCUCGGGCGGUCGUGUGAAGCUGUGGAGAGACGGACGAGAGCCACCGGGCUCGUCUGCCUUUGACAAGCGGGCAGAGGGGACAGCGCAGCCAUGUACAGACCUGCUGCGGACAAACGCUCAGUCGGACGCAAGCGCGACUUCCACGUGGAAGAACAAGCCCCGAAACAACUACGCUUCCAUCACUGGGCAACGGUUGUGCUCGCAUCUGUGUACAGGAAAAAUACCCUAGCACUUCUUUUUUUUUUUUUUUUUUUUUAAAAAGACAACUUGAGAUUUUGAUUUUGCUUUUUGUGUAGUUUUGUAUUUUCAUGCGAAAAUCUUACUGUACUUGAAUGUCUUUAUUUUAUUAAAUGUGUAUUAUAUUUUUGGUUAUCACAACCUAGACUUGCUGUAAAUGUACUCAUGUCGCAGUAUCUAACUUCUUUCUGUGAAAGAGAAAAGAGGAAACACUAAACAUUUUCUCCAGCAAUGUACAGUUAUUUCCAGUCGCAGUUUAGAGUACCGAUGCAGGUUCAGAAAAGAAAAACGCAACACUUGCGUCCCCGUCUGUGGUAAGCGCCACGCCAGUCCUCCGGCUGAAGCACACUUCCCUCGGAAUAUUUUUAGGUUUGGUGUUUCUGUCUACGUUCUCUGACUGUAUUGGCCCGGUUUGCAGGAGUGUCCUCUUAAGGAGGAACCUGGGGGCACUUAUUGGAUCAGUCAGCUGUUCUGGCCCCAAGAUGAAUUCAGAGGAUAAUGUAAAAAAAAAAAAAAUGUGUUACUGCGGUUUUUAAACGUGGUCAGGACACAACACAACCAGACUGACAAGAAGGAAAAAUCUUGAGUUGUUGUUUGGACAGGUACAAUGCAAAAGCAUUUAUGUUAGACAUUUUUAAUGGCGCCAUGGAGACGAACUAUUCUGGCUGUGGUUCAGUUUGGGCCUGGCCCACCAGGGGUGGGCAGCAUGGUCCAGAAGGGUCCGGUGUGGGUGCAGGUCUUU